AUGUCAAAGCGCUAUGAUGUCUCCUGCGAAAUCCUUGGGAGAGAAACCGGCAAACCCAGACCGCAACUGCAAGCCAUUCUGAAGUCAAUGAGGCGGCCCAUCCACGAGAUUCAUGGCCUGGAUGCUGGGCAUUGGUACGCGGCCGUGGAACGUGCUCGCUCAGCAGAAAGGAGACGCCGUGGAGGGAUCGACAAAAGACCAGUGCCAUCCUGGAAUUUCCGAGGUGGUGGGCCCUUGAAGCCACUGCCAAAUGGAGGACCCUCUCCUCCACCGGACAGCCAACCAGCACUCCGGUGGAAGCUCAAUGAGCAACUUCAACGACAGAUGGAAUUGCGAGAAAAGUUGCGUCAGCUUGAAGAAUCGGAGGCGCCUGAGAAGGCAGAAGAACUGCCCAACCCUCCGGAGGUGCCGGAGGAGGUGCCCAUGGAUGAUGCAACAGUGCUGCGACUGCUGGAAGAACAACGGGAGAUGCAACUCUGCCUUCACGAGAAGCUGGAGCACCUGCUGGACAGGCCUUCCCAGGCUCGAAAGAAGAUACCUCAACAGGAGAAGCAGUUGAACCUGGAGAACGAGGAACUGGAGAAGCGUUUGCGGAAGCAAAUGGAGGAAGUGCAGUCGCAAGAGGAAGCCUUGCAACGCUUGCAACAGCAGGCGCUGGACUUGGCCAAGGCUCCAGAAACUCCAGAGGCUCCAGCAGCGACCGAGCCGGAGCCAAAACGAUCUUCGAUGCUGAGCUUUAGAUCUCCACUGCAUCGGGCACGUUCCGGCUUGACCGCCUUCAACUUGGACAAGAGAUGA